UCCUAUUCUCACAGCUUUGCAUCAUGUGGCUCCGGGUCUCGGCUACUUCCUCUUCUGCCAUGUAUCAAAACGACACUAUUUACUUUCCGCCACAUGCUGGUGGAGACUUAUGAGAGAGAAACUGGGCCCCUUGUGUGUAGCAGCUUUUUAAUUUCCUUCAACGCUUUAUGAGGAUUUGAAGAUUGGAUCUAUCAUGGAUGGAGAUGUGCCGUCUUUGUCGUCUUCUUCACCGCUCUCAUCAGCAGCAGGAACGCAGAAAGACACCCCACCGAAGUGUGACAGCAGCCUCCCUCAGAGCCAGCAGGAGCACAAAUCAACCCAAGAAAUAUGGACGGAGGAUGUGGGUCCCGUGGGUGACAGGCUGCUGUCCACGGAGGAGCAGGUCACCCUGAUCACAGAGAGUAUGACUGUCACCUCCACUGACCAGGAGAAACUGCUGCUGCUCAACAAGAACACUGAGCUGCGCAGGGUGAACAAAGAGCUGAUGAAGCUGAACGAGGACUGGGACCAGGUGUACCGCAGUGCCACGCUCAGCCUACAGCACAGGCUGGAGGCUUUGGAGCUGGAGAAUGCCGCCAUCAAACAGCUCAACAGCAGGCUGCUGCUCAAAGUCGAGCACCAGCAGAGUGCGAAGGAGUACUACGAGCAGGCGUUGAUGCAGGAGCUGAAGAAGAACCAGGAGCUGCAGGAAUACAUCAGACUGCUGGAGAGCAGGAUGCACCACCCGGACAAAGACUGCACGCCUGCCAAACAGGGCAGCUUCAGCGCUGUGAUAUGUGGUCCUGUCUCGUGCCCCUCCAGUAAUCCCCCUGGUGCUCCCAACCUGUUGCCCGAUCACGGGUACAACCCCUCACCCUCCUUUUUCCCAGCUCCUCCUGGCCCAGAGACAGGGCGGCGGGGAAAGAGCCAGAGCAGCAGUGCCCCACCUGGAGCUCUGGGAGACUCCCGACAAGAGGUGCACGAUCUAAAAGAGCAGCUGGAGGCGCUGAGAUGUCAGACUCAGAUUUAUGAAGCAGAAUAUGAGACGGAGCACAACGACCACAAGAACACACUGCAGGAGAACCGGAGGCUGAGGAAGAAGAGGGAGGAGAUGCGCCAACAGGUGGCACUACUGCAGGAGCAGCUCAAGGUUUACGAGGAUGAUUUCCGUCGGGAGCGAUCCGACAAACAGAUGCUGCAGCGGCUGCUGUUGAAGAAAACGCCUCAGAACAAGGACCCCGUGCUCGUCCACCGCUGCAAUAACGAGCAGCAGCCACCCGGGGGCGACAAGAGGACACAAAGUGGAGAGAAGAGGAAACAGCACUACCCACUCUGCCCCAAGCACCCAAACAGGGACAAAGAGUCAGACUGAGAGCUCGAGAAAAACAAGAAAAUCAUCAUUACAGACGCAGUAAAUAUGUUGUUUUUUUUUUUUUUGUUGUUUUUUUUUAAUGUUUCCACCCGGUCAUGCAACAGGUUUUACUCUGGUCACCAUCACAGAGGCGCUCCAGUGAAUCUAAACCACAAGUAAAAUUUACCCUACGUGCAAUUUUAGCACCUUGUCAAACUCACUAUGAGCACUUUUAUCCACAUAACAGACAGAAAUAGUGUGCAGGUGGAAAUAUCAUGUGGACGAGUCUGGAGUCAAACAUCUUGUUUGCUCUGUUAUGGUUCAGCUUGUUCUGAAUAAAGAACAGUUACAGUUAUAUUGUAGAUUAUAGUCUGCAGUGUUUUUACUGUAUGUAACGUUACAGAGGCAAUUUUGUACCUUUAUAUAAUUUAAUAUAUCUGAUAUAUAUUCUCUUUAGAUGAUCUUUUUAGUAUGUCUCUUUCCCUAAAGUUUGUUCACUUUGUAAGAAAACUAUAAAUAGUCAAACUAAUAAAAUACAUGAUUAUAACUGAGCUAAUUGUCCUUGU